CAGAACAAAUCAGCAACUGAUCACAACUCAGCUGCCUGUACAAGAGAAACAUGGCCACCAAUAUUACUACCCCCGAAUCAAAGCCAGAGGCUGACCUCAGAGUGAUGCUGGUGGGUCAGGAGAGAGUUGGGAAGAGCUCAGCAGGAAACACCAUCCUGGGAAAAGGGGCAUUUGACUGUCAUGUCAGCUCCAUCCCUGUGACUCUGAGCUCUCAGAGGAUGGAAGGAGAAGUUCUGGGUCGCAGAGUCUCUGUGGUGGACACCCCAGGGCUCUGCAGCUCCAGUCUUUCUGAAAAAGAGAUCAAAGAAGAGCUGGAGGAAGCUGUCAAGCAGAGCUCUCCUGGUCCUCAUGUUUUCCUCCUCGUUCUCCAGUUAGGGAGGUUCACCAAACAGGAGCAGGAAGGGCCAAUGAUUCUGCAGAAGAUUCUGGGUCCUGAGGUCCUCAAACACACCAUGAUCCUGUUCACCUACGGAGAUCGACUGAAAGACACUGAUAUAAACUUGGAUCAGUUUGUUAGAGAGGAUCAGAACCUGCAGAAGCUGCUGAAAAGCUGCAGUGGGAUGUACCACGUUCUUAACAACAAUGAGGUGGAAAACAGGAAGCAGGUCCAGGAACUGCUGGAUAAAAUAGAUCAGGUCUCAGAUGGAGGUAGAAAGUAUUAUGAGAAAGGUUCUCAGUCUGAUGGAAGGUGGUUUGGAAAUAUUUGCUCAUUUCUUCAACAAUCCACCCUCAAUAAGUUUGUUUAG